AUGUCGACUCCCGAAAAGGAAUUAUUCAGUGUGGAAGUGGAUAACGACACGGACUCAUCGCAGCCGCAGCCGCAAGGAGAAAAAUCGGCAAAACGAGACGCAUUUGCGGAACUUCUUGCUCCUAAACCCAAGCACUCUAAGCAUGCCAACCACCGUGAUUCACGAGCCAAGAGAGCGGUAGGUGGCCCGCGAGAUGCUCUGGGCGCCUACAUCGCAAGACCAGAGUCCUAUCCCGCCAACAUCGUGGUCUACUACAACGAUGAUUUCGUCAUCCUUCAUGACCUCUUCCCCAAAGCGACUCUGCAUUUACUCCUACUUCCUCGAGACCCGCAAAAGACCCGCCUCCACCCAAUCGACGCAUUCGACGACCUCGAGUUUCUUAACAAAGUGAAAGAAGAAGCGAAAAGGCUUCGCUCCCUAGCUGCAGGAGAGAUGAGGCGUAUACACGGGAAAUAUUCGGCUCAGGACAAGGAACGGCGGGAUGCGCUGAAUAUGGAACCUCCAUUGGAUGAGCUGCCACCGGGAAGAGACUGGGGGCAGGAUAUAAUGUGUGGGAUUCAUGCGCACCCAUCCAUGAACCAUCUGCAUAUCCAUGUGAUCUCUGUGGAUCGUUAUAGCGAUCGCCUGAAGCAUAGGAAACACUACAAUAGCUUCUCCACGCCGUUCUUCAUCGACCUUGAAGACUUCCCGCUGGCGCAGGACGAUGUUCGAAGAAACCCCGAUAAACAGGGCUAUCUGCGGAACAAUUUUAUAUGUUGGCGAUGUGGGGAGGAUUUUGGAAACAAAUUCGCAGAGCUAAAGUUGCAUCUCGAAAAAGAAUUCCUCGAGUGGAGACAGUUGUGA